AUGGAGCACACUGGUCACCCCACCUUCCUUACGCGGCAUCCAACUGGGCCGAGACACUCAGGCAGUGGAGCGGUCAGUAGUGGCACAGUACCGAGGCUGUCAACGGAAGAGCUCUUUGCUGCGUACCAUGAGUUCAUUGUGAAAGCCUGCGAGGUCAUCGCCCAGGCCAGGACCAGGGACCUCAUGGGUGAACCCGUACCUUGUCGGAAGUUUGCAUUGCUGGUACCCGAGAAGUUCGGAUGCCGGUCCUACCUUGACGCGUCGGACCUCCUUUUCAAAAAUAAGAUAUCUUACACGUUGGAGGUCAAAAGGGUUGUCCAAGACGAGGAUGGACUGGAGGGGAAGGCGACACCACCGAGGCGUCGUCGGAAGAGGCAGCAGCGCAGUGCGAUUAUGGAACGAUGGUACUUCCAUUUUACUCCUAUCGACGACGAACCACCAGAUGACCGUCGGCCGGAGUCCCUUAGGGUGAAGGACGAGACUAUUCUGAGGAGAAUGGCCGUGGCCCUCCGAUCGCUGUAUCCCCUGACACGGAUACUGCCAGCCUUUACGUAUUUUAAGGAGGCUGGUCUGAGCGCUGGUGUGAGUGGUGCGACUACCCCGCGACCAGAGAUGCAGCAGAGGGACUGCCCAAGGCAUCGGCAUCUGGUACAGGAACCAGCACAGAGGGUUGAGGAGAUAACUCCUUCAAGCGGUGGGAACCCGGCUAAGCUGCAAGUCUCGUUGUGGCACUAUAAGCCAGCAUCGGGGGAAGACGAUGUCACGAUGGUCACACCGGAGCAUGACGUGCUCACUGCGGAGCCUCGGGACCUGCCCAACUCCCCUGUGGGUGAAAUAUGUGCCCUCGGCUCGAGCGUUGGGACAUUGCGGAUCAUUCUCCACCGGGAGCGCGAGAUCCAUAAGUCAGCAUACUGGAAAAAGAAGUGGUCUACGACCCCGAGAAGUAUGUCCCCGGCUGGGCCCAGCUCCCGGGCUAGCAGUGGUCCUUCGUCCAGAAGGAGUUCAGACGAGUUUACUUUGCCCCCAGGGCCCCUCUCGGAAACGCCGGGGACUAAGAGCUCGGGCAUUGUUAUUGACGACGGGUUCUUUGGAGGUGUCGUGGCCUACCCCACGAGCUCGAUGACCCCUCGGGUGGAAGGCAGCGGGGUGGCUGGUCUUGGGGACAGUGACAUGGAAAUGGUCAUCGAAGACCAGUUUGGGAAUAAGGUCUCACUGCCUGGUGAGAUCAGUGGAGAUGACGGGAUUUCGGGUAAAAACGUCACAUUGCCUUCGUUGUACAGUCUAAUUGUUGGUUCACCGACCAGUAUGGCCUUCCUGGAGGAUCCAUACUGGAGUGCUGAUCCCUCCUGGUUACAAGAAGCAGCGGAUAAGGUCUGCGCGCGAAGCCCAGAUAUGGAGAAAUGUCUGAAGGACCCACUGCUGAGCCUCCGUGGUGUAUGGGCCGGCCAUCUGGCCUCAGCGGCCAACUCCCCCGAUACGAGUCCGAUGCCGAGCGCUUCUCCCUGCCCUUGUUGUGGGUACCUGGACAAUGCUGAGUAUGAGGCCGAUGACUUGGACUGGCCUGACGAGGAAGAGGAACCUGUGAUGGGCACUAUGUCGACCCAAGAGGGCUAUUGGUCUGACGGCUACUGCGAGAGCGAAUAUUCGGAGGGAGAAAUGCCGGAUGCGGGAAUCGAACCCGGGGUCGAUCGACGAGAUUCUACAGCACCUCAAGAGAACUGUGCUGCUGGUAGAGGAGCCCCUCUCCCGUUCGGAUCAGUGGACUCUAUGAUGCAGUUUGUACUCGACCGCAAUUCCCUAACAGUAUCAGCUGGCCUGGUGGUCGACUCGGCUCGUCGGGUCCAACACGACCUGAGACACGCCCAUUGA